AUGGAGCAACAAAGGUCCACUGGCCAAAGAUCAGAAGAAGGAUCAGAAGAGACACAAGAAGAACCUCAUGAACCUCAGGGAGAAUUUGAAGAGGUAGCUGAUAGGUCUUCCAUUUCAAGCCAGAUUACGUCUGAUGAUGAGAAGAGUUCAUGGUGUCCAGAAACGGAUGAGGAAGAUGAAGAUGCUGAGGCCAGACCAUCAGAUGCUGUGCAGGAGAGUGAGAAUGAGGGAGAAAAACAUAGGACAUCAGCAGGAAGAGUGAGAAUUGAAGAGGGAGAAUUUGAAGAGGGCGCUGAGAGGUCUUCCAUUUCAAGCCAGACUGGGUCUGAUGUUGAGCAGAGUUCAUGGCGGACAGAAAUGGAGGUGGAAGAUGAAGAUGCUGAGGCCAGACCAUCAGAUGCUGUGCAGGAGAAUGAGGGAGAAAAACUUAGGACAUCAGCAGGAAGAGCGAAAGUUGAAGAGGUAAAAGAGGUCUUGUGCAAUCAGGAUGGAUCCAAAAGGCAGAGGGGAAACCAUACACAGGAGAAGAAGGACGAAUCCAUUCCAUCCUGCACUGUGCUCCACAUUGAACAAGAACAACGGAAAGGAAAGAGAAACAAAAAGCGCCUUGGUGCUCAUUUAAGGAUCCACACAGAGGAGGAAGACAGUCAAAGCUUAGAAUCUGGAGAAUUUGAAGAGGGGGCUGAGAGGUCCACCAUUUCAAGCCAGGCUGUGUCUGAUGUUGAGCAGAGUUCAUGGCGUACAGAAAUGGAGGUGGAAGAUGAAGAUGCUGAGGCCAGACCAUCAGAUGCUGUGCAGGAGAGUGAGGAUGAGGGAGAAAAACAUAGGACAUCAGCAGGAAGAGUGAGAGUUGAAGAGGUAAAAGUGGUCUUGUGCAAUCAGGAUGGAUCCAGAAGGCAGAGGGGAAACCAUACACAGGAGAAGAAGGAUGAAUCCAUUCCAUCCUGCACUGGGCUCCACAUUGAACAAGAACAACGGAAAGGAAGGAGACACAGAAAGCGCCUUGGUGCUCAUUUAAGAAUCAACACAGAGGAGGAAGACAGUCAAAGCUUAGAAUCUGUGAAAAGCAGCUGUCGGAGCAAACUGACUUUAAAACCUCCAAUGCUUGACAAUAAGAGAAAAGGUCAUAAAUGCUUCAAGUGUAAAAUGAGGUUCACAUGGAGCUCGCAACUUACAAGACAUCAUCAAGAAAUUCAUUCUAGAGAGGAACGGCAUCAAAGAGUUCACACAACAGAGAAACCCUUUAAAUGCUCAAAAUGUGGAAAAUGCUUCGGGUAUCGCUCAGUCCUUACCAAACAUGAAAGAAUUCACACAGAAGAAAAACCCUUUCCAUGCUCAAUAUGUGGAAAAUGCUUCAGGACGAACUCAAACCUUACAAGGCAUAAAAUAAUUCACAAAGGGGAGAAGCCCUUUAAGUGUAAAAUAUGUGGGAAAAGCUUCAGUGAUAGCUCCAACUUUAAGAAACAUCAACAAAUUCAUUCAGGAAAGAAACCAUCUACAUCUUGA